UGGGCCCAGGUGACGCGUAAUCUGACAACAUGACUGAAAGCCCUGACAAGAAACGAGAUUAUGUUAAGUUCAAUGGGAUCAACUUCCCUCAAUGGAAAUAUGCCGUCAUGUUGAAGCUCAGAAAGAAAAAGUUGGAAGCUAUAGUAUUGGGCACUGAAACAAAACCCACUCAGGAAACAUUAGAAUUGGUAGUAGACGAUGUGACUUCAAUCGUAGUAACAAACCAAGCAAUUAUUGAUGCAUGGAUGGAGAGAGAUGUUGAUGCUUGCUCGAUAAUCUUUUACAACAUUGAGCCAACCUACCAAACUUCCAUUGAAGGCUCCACCACUGCACAUGAGAUGUGGACUAGAUUAACUCUACAGUACGCUGAAGUCUCUGUUGCUAAUGCAUCUCUAUUACUUGGCAAAUUUCAUCAAUAUAAAAUGGACCCUGGUAUUCAAAAUAAUUAA